AAGGCCGACAACAUAUAUGAAGUCGGUUUUAGCGUGGGUAAUCGGCCUAAGAGCUAUGUAUGACAAUAUUCGCCAUGUGCCCUAACGAAACGCGCGUACACAAGCUUCGUUAGGUUGACAUUACGAUAAAGAUCGCGAACACAAUAUGAUAGAGAACUUUGUCACUGUGUGGUUGUGAUGUGAAUAUAUUAAAUAUUUUAAAAUUAUAUAUAAAUAUUUUAAAAUUUUUAAAUUUACAAUGUAAAUUGUUUCAUGUGAUUGAAAAUUCUGUUCAUUAUUUGAGCAGUGAUAAAAGUGAAAAAAAAAGAUUGUAAAAAGCCUUAUUUUCUUGGGUACUAAAAAGAUUCUGUAAAAAUAAGAAUAUGAACGAGUUCCAAGGAAACCAAGUACAGGCUCAUAAUUUGCUUGGUCAGAAAACACAGAUACCGAAAAGAAAAGAUAAUUCUCUAACAAGGACUCUAAGAUCAUGUUGCGUGAUACCACAACGUUAUAUUCUGGGAGUGAUGGGACUCCUUGGAGUUUGCAAUGCUUAUACUAUGAGAGUUUGUCUCAAUUUAGCUAUAACGCAGAUGGUCAACCGCACUAAAAGUGAAGAACAUUUUGACCCAAACGCCUGUCCAGAUGACGUGCUAAUCGGAAAUAAAACUGUUGUGCAAAACCCAUAUGCGAUCUUUGAUUGGGAUGAAAAAACACAAGGACUAAUUCUUAGCGGUUUCUACUAUGGAUACGCCAUCACUCAAGUACCCGGUGGCUAUUUGGCAGAAAAAUUUGGAGGUAAAUGGACUUUGGGAGUUGGUCUACUAAGCACCGCUCUCUUCACGUUCCUCACACCAAUCGUCAUUAGAGCUGGCGGUUCGACUUGGCUUUUUAUUCUACGAGUUCUGCAAGGAAUGGGAGAGGGUCCAACAAUGCCUGCACUUAUGAUUAUGUUAGCGAGAUGGGUACCACCGCAUGAAAGAUCUUUUCAAGGAGCUCUUGUAUUUGGUGGGGCUCAAAUAGGAAACAUUUUCGGUUCUUUCAUGUCUGGAGUACUAUUAUCAGGCGGCAGAGACUGGGCAUAUGUAUUUUAUUUCUUCGGCGGUUUCGGCAUUUUUUGGUUUACAUUGUGGAGUUUUCUAUGCUACAGUACGCCAAAUUCUCAUCCUUAUAUAUCGAAAAAAGAACUUAGUUACUUAAAUAAAAGUGUUACAACUGCCGAGAAUAGUACUAAGAAAGACCCUGUACCGUGGAAAGCAUUGUUGCGAUCUGCUUCUGUGUGGGCGCUUGUGUGGGCUGCUGUGGGCCAUGACUGGGGCUACUACACAAUGGUGACUGAUUUACCAAAAUACUCUCACGAUGUUCUCAAAUUCGAUAUAAAGACGACGGGCACCCUAACCGCGCUACCUUACAUUGCUAUGUGGCUUUGUUCUUUCCUCUUCGGAUUCGUUUGUGAUCUGUGUAUAAAGAAAGGAUGGCACACCAUUAAAACUGGAAGAAUUAUACAUACUACUAUAGCUGCAACUGGACCAGCUAUAUGUAUUAUCUUAGCGUCCUACUCAGGGUGUGACCGAGUCGCUGCAAUGGCUUAUUUCAUUUUAUCUAUGGCCCUUAUGGGAGGAUUUUAUAGUGGAAUGAAGGUGAACGCGUUGGAUCUUGCACCGAAUUAUGCGGGAUCGCUGACAUCACUUGUUAAUACAACAUCCACCUUCGCUGGCAUUGUGACACCAUACCUUGUUGGGCUAUUGACACCUGAGUCGACAUUGGCGCAAUGGCGAAUCGCUUUCUGGGUGUGCUUCGCGGUGUUAGUGGGCACCAACGUGAUAUAUUGCAUCUGGGCGGAUGGCGAACAGCAGUGGUGGGAUGACGUCCGUAAAUUUGGUUAUCCACAAGGAUGGAAACAUGGUGCACUUAUACCAGACGAACCAGAACAACCGGAGUCAGUCAGAUUAUCUAGUAAAAAGACUACAGAAGAUGUUUAUUAAAUUCUAUGCUGGGGCGUAGCUACAAUACCAAUUAUAUUUAGUCCUUAAACUACACUUGCUAACGUUUCUGUAGCCUGACACAUGGAAACUGAAUCUAAACUGAUUACGAAACUAAUUUCACAGAGGUUAUUUUGCAACAUGCUAGAGCGCUCUUUGAACUUUGAUAUUUUUAUACACUUCCAUUUUUGUUGCGGACACUUUUAUUGGUGACAAUACUUUUGGAGUACCGUAAUGAAACAAAUAUUAUAAAGUCCUUAGUGUCAAAAUUACAAAUGAUUGAAACAAGCUUUUUUAUACGUUGAGUUACACAAUUUAUUAUAAACAAAAAUAAAAUUGUAAACACAUAUAUAUAUUCUUAAAGUAUCAAACAGAGUUAGUGUUAAGUAGAUGUAGCAGUGAUUUUCGGACAUGUAUGGAGUUUUUUUUUUAUUUCUUUCGUUUUUUCAGAUUCGGCUUUCAUGUGUCAGACUAUAUAUAGAAAAUACAGAACCCUUUUAGACUUGUAAAAAUGAAUUUUGAUACAUGGGGUACGUAUAUUCAUACAAUAUUAUUUUAAUGAUUUGUACAUACGUUACGUAUCAUUCUUAGUAGUAAUUACAGAGAUAUUUUGAAAUACACGUUGUCUGAAAUUCAUAGUGUAUAUUAAAAAUAGAAUUGUUUGUUAACAUAGUGAAGUCACUUAAAAUAUACACAUAGGCAUAAUUAUUUUAGAUUUUUAAGGUUAUUAGGGGUUGGUAUAUAUGAAAACAAUACUUUGAUAUUGUUUUGUACCACCAGCAUUGUUCAUUCCGCGGUAAAAUAGUAACCUUUGUUAUAAUAUUUUAACAUACACCUAUAAGCACGUGUUGUACAAAAUAAGUACAAAUAGAACUUAAGCUUAAAUAUAUAUUUGCUAGUCAGCGAACCGUUAGCAAUGUUAUCUUUUUAUAAGGCAUAUUAAAAAUUAUGUUUUGGACAUUUGUAUUUACAGAAUAAUUGUUGUGUAAAACUUAACUCAAGUAGAUUUUGUAAUACUCGAUAUUAAAAUUAAACAAAAUAAAAAGAGA